GAACUGUUCGAGUAACUCGAAGUGAACAAAAUCAUUUUGAAUUGUGUAAAUUACAGUUUGUGAUAAAUAAACAUUUUGCAUUGUCGUUCUGGGCAACAUGUCUAAGCCAUCGAAAAUGUAUGCAACAAUUCUAUUCGUGACCUGCAUUAUUGGAUAUGUUCAUACGGCUCCAGCUCCAGGUCAAAGCGAUCUCAAUAAACUUUUGGACAAGGCCUCUGCAGCAACUCAAUCGAUUACUUUAGUCAAUGCACCACUUUUGCUAAUUGGAGAGGGACCGAUACCCUCUAUCAUCAAAGAUUGUACUGCCAUGGUUACUGUUAUAACGACUAACUUGGAAAAAACUAAAGACGCAGGCCUCGAUUUUGACAAGGUUUGUAAACUGAUGAACUUGCUGAUCGGAAAAGCAGGUAUGUUGCAACAGGUACCAUUCGUUUUUGAGCCAAUCAGAAGUGUUUUGGCAUCGCUUGAGGGAGUAAUUGAUGCGAAUAUACUAAACAAAAACGUAGAAUCGCAAAUGAAAAGGCAUGCAGAAUAUUCUGGCUGCAUAGAUACAGCAAUUCGAGCAUACACCUCUUACUAAGAGGCACUUAGUGUAUCAUAAUUGAAUUAUAAACAUCAUACCGGACAGUUUAUUUUAAAAAGGAAACUUGUUUUUCCUAAGUUUGGUACUAGUUUGGGCUUACAAUUCCUAAAAUCUCUUGAUUUUUUUU